UUCCCUUUUAAAAUAGUUUCUUCAAGAAACUCAGAGAGUAAAAAGCGUGUAGUUUUUGUUUGUUUCUAUUUCUUUCUGUCUCUCUUAUCUCUUUGCUUAAUUUGAAAGAAGACCAAGUGAUGUUUUUUUUUUUAAUUAUUAUUUUCACUAUUGUUCUUUCUGAAAAUUUCUAGAACCCACAUCACUUUGUUUCUUUAUAUAGUCCCGUACACGAAACCAUGAGAAAAAAUAUUUCCCUAUAGGGGUUGUGAAGGUAGUUAUGGUCUUGGGUUUGUGGGUUUUAACUCAAACCACCAUCGGAUUUGCAGCAAACAACAUCCAUGGAAGCAGAUAGGCAGAAGCUUUGUGAUAAUAAUCUUGUUUGUUCUAAAUUAUUCUUCCUUUCUGGGUUUUAUUGCUGGGGUUGGGAAUUCUUAACUGCUCUUUUGCUUUUUAGUUGCUCCUUCUAAAUUGAACCCACAGCCUUUUUUUUCUUCUUCUCUUUUUAAUCUCAAUAAUUUCUUCCUCGUAGAUAAUACAGACUGAUAGGACUGUUAAUUGUUUUAGACUUGAAACGUUUUAGCUAGACUUUUGGUUUGAGUGGGUUGGUGAAGGGUAAAUCGGGAAAGAAAUGGCGCAAAGGUCUGUUCCGGCGCCGUUUUUGACGAAAACGUAUCAGUUGGUAGAUGAUCCAAUCACCGAUGAUGUGAUUUCUUGGAAUGAAAGUGGCACAACUUUCGUGGUGUGGAAAACUGCUGAUUUUGCUAAAGAUUUGCUUCCGAAUUACUUCAAGCACAACAAUUUCUCUAGCUUUGUUCGCCAACUCAAUACCUAUGGCUUUCGAAAGAUCGUGCCCGACAAAUGGGAAUUCGCCAACGAAAAUUUUCGUCGAGGACACAAGGAGCUCCUCUCCGAAAUCCGUCGCCGCAAAACGGCAUCUCCAGCUCCAAACCAGACUCCAGUCGCCGGCAAGUCCGGUGGAGUAGGAAUAGCUGCCUCGCCAUCGAACUCCGGCGAGGAUCUCGGAUCCACCUCCACGUCUUCUCCCGAUUCUAAGAAUCCGGGAUCGGUGGAGACGGCUGCUACAAUGACGGCAACGGCACAAUUCGCUGAUUUGUCUGGCGAGAACGAGAAAUUGAAGAAAGACAAUGAGAUGCUAAGCUCGGAGCUCGCGCAAGCUAAGAAACAGUGCGACGAGCUUAUUGCUUUCUUGACCGAGUAUGUGAAAGUGGGGCCCGAUCAGAUCAAUCGCAUUAUGAGGCAAGGAAGUAGCUGCGGAUCCACCCUUGAUGGAUUGGUGAGUGGGGCCACCGCUGGAGCUGAUGAUCACGAUGAUGACGAAAGCGGAAACAAAGAUGAUGAGGGUGAUGAUGGCGGUAAAGUGCAGAGCUUCAAAUUGUUUGGGGUUCUGUUGGAAGGGAAGACGAAGAAGAGGGGUCGUGUUGAAAAUAUUGGGUUUGCUGGGCCCCAUGCAAAGGAAAUCAAAAUCUGCAACUGAAAUGGAAAAACAACUGGAGGUGGUGUAUGAUAAGAUCCAUGAGUGUUCCUGCAGCUGAUCUUAGGGAGGAAAAUGAAAUAAGGAUGCAAGUAUUUAAUCAGGUGUAAUUGUUGCUUUGUUGGGUGAAAAGGUGAAAGGAAAUUUAGGUGUUUUAAGUUUUUAACCCUUGCAUUUCAAGUAGGAUAAUACUUUUAAAGUUAAAGAGACAUUUUCAAGGAACUUGGAAACUUCUAUUAUGUCAUUUAAAAUGUGUUUUUAAAUAAUAAAGCAUACGAUGUUUGUUUUGUUGUCUUAA